AAGACCAAGGAGCUUUGAAGUAGAACCACUGUCAGGGAAAGACUCUGGUGCUUGUGGAGGACACAGUUUAAUCCACUACAAAGAUGAAGCUGCUGCUCCUAUAUCUGGGACUGACCUUAGUCUGUGCCAACAAUGAAGGAGAAAUGAAAGUUGCAAAGAACUUUGAUCCAUCAAAAAUUACAGGGCAGUGGUUUACCAUUCUCCUAGGCUCUGACCAAAAGGAAAACAUAGAAGAAAAUGGUAGCAUAGUUUUUGUGGAAUAUAUUGAUCUCUUGAAGAACUCUUCCCUGUUCUUUAAAUUCCAUACCAUGGUAAAUGAACAGUGUACUGAAUUCUUUGUAACUUGUGAUAAGAAAGAGAAGGAUGGUGUAUAUACUGUUCAGUAUGAUGGGCACAAUGUGUAUAGUAUAGCUGAUGUGGAAUAUGAUGAAUAUGUUAUAAUUCUUCUCAAGAAUGAGAAAAAUUUCCAAUUAGCCAUUCAUCUCUAUGCCAACAACAUUCUGGUUACUGUCACUCUAUUUCCAGGCCGACAACCAGAUGUGAGAGCAGAAAUUAAGGAAAAAUUUGCGGAAGUUUGUGAAAAACACGGAGUUGCUGAGGAAAAUAUAGUGGACCUGACAAAAGAUGAAGAUCCUUGUCUUCAGGUCUGAAAUGACGAAGAGGCCUAAGGUUCCAGGGAUCUUCUGAAAAGCUCUGUGACCUGAGUUCCAAGAAAUAAACAGAUUUCAUCCAUGCAUCUUCAAGAUCUUCUUCCCUAAUCACCUAGAGUGACAUAAUCCAUCCAGAAUCAAGGUUUUCUCUGCAUUUCUCUUGGCCAUGUCCAUGGCAACUCUACUGAAUAAGUUCUGCGUCUACCUGUUCAAUAAAUGAUCAGCCUGCA